GGGGCGGCUUCCGGGUGGCGGCGGGGCCGCGCCCGGUGCAUGGCGGUGGCGCGGAGGAUGGGGCCGGAGCGGGUGUGUCCCGAGGAGCCGGGGCCGCCGGAGGCCCCCGAGGGCGCGGCGGGAUGGAGCGGCGACGAGGAGGAUGAGGAGGAGGAGGAGGAAGAGGAGGAGGAAGAAGAAGAGGGGGGCGGCGGGUACCUGUACCAGCCGCUGAGCCAGGAGCCGGAGCAGGGCCCCGCCGAGACGGGCCCUCCCGCGGGCGGCGCCGAGCCGGGCCCCGGCCUCCAGGAACGGCUGCAGAUGCUGAGGCUGCACCUGCCCGAGCCGCCCGCGGACAGCGAGGACGAGGAGGAGGAAGGCGCGGCGGCGCAGAGCAGCCGCGGCUCCAUCCCCAUGGACCCAGAGCACGUGGAGCUGGUGAAGAGGACGAUGGCGGGCGUGAAGCUGCCCACGCUGGGCAUCCCCGCCUGGGCCAGCCAGAUCUCGGACGAGCAGUGGCAGGCGGUGGUGCAGCGCGCGCUGCAGGCCCGGCACGGCGCGGGCAGCUCCAGGCCCGAGUGGAAGUGAAGGCUGAGCCCGGGGCCGCAGCCCCAUCCGCCCGCCCGCUCACGGGACCCGCCGCGCCCCCGUUCCGCCCGUCGACGCGGUCCGACCUCCCUCCCUCUCUCCCUCUCACCCCCCCUCCCGGCUCCGGCUGUGCCGUCCCGGUGCUGGCAUCCCGCCCUCGCGGGUCGCAGGAGCCGCUUCUGAAGCCGUGUGGGCGCGUAGGGCGGGUCGCGGCCGGCUGCGGCCGGAUCAGCGCGGGACAGCCGCCGGCCCGGCGCUCCCUCCCCACACGCAGCGCAGUCAGCGACCACGCGUCGAGCCCGGCGUGUCUUUCCAAGAGAUCGGUUUUAUUUAGUACUGUACAUACAGGGACAUCUGUACAAAAUCCAACACUUUCAUACUAUGUAAUGCUCUACUGAAAAUAAAGUACACCAUAUGUACAUAUGAA